UAUAUAUGUCUAUGAUUAUCGCAUAUUCCAAAGUAUCGAGUAUCGACUUUGGAAUACUUUUCUUGAAGUAUCGAUUACUUUUUGAGUAUCUGGAUUGGAGGCUCGUGGAACGGGUGGAAGAGGAUAAUACUUAGUGACAGAGACACAGCGAAUUUAAAAUGGAUGACGAAGCGGAGACGUACAAACUCUGGCGCAUCCGCAAGACGGUAAUGCAGUUGUGCCACGACAGAGGUUAUCUCGUCACCCAGGAUGAGUUGGAUCAAACCUUGGAACAAUUCAAGGAACAGUUUGGGGACAAGCCGAGCGAGAAAAGACCCUCGCGUAGUGACCUCAUCGUUCUCGUAGCCCACAACGACGAUCCUACGGAUCAGUUGUUUGUUUUCUUUCCUGACGAGCCUAAGAUCGGCAUCAAGACCAUCAAAACCUACUGUCAGCGCAUGCAAGAGGAAAAGAUACACAGGGCUAUCAUUGUUGUUCAAACGGGAAUGACUCCAUCGGCCAAGCAAUCGCUGGUUGACAUGGCACCAAAAUACAUUCUGGAACAGUUUCUAGAGUCGGAGCUGUUGAUCAAUAUAACAGAGCACGAGUUAGUGCCUGAGCACAUUGUCUUGACUCCAGAUGAGAAGGAAGAGCUGCUCAGCAGGUAUAAAUUGAAAGAAAACCAGCUCAUGCGAAUCCAAGUCCAAGAUCCUGUGGCCAGGUACUUUGGACUGAAGAGAGGACAGGUCAUAAAAAUCAUUCGUUCAUCUGAAACUGCUGGUCGCUACAUUUCUUACAGGCUAGUGUGUUGAAUUAUGAUUUAUUAUUUAUAUUCAUAAUCACAACUUGUACAUAAAUUUUAUUUUUACUCAAGUACUGCAUAAGAGUAAGGAUUAUUUUUAAGGAUGAUAUUUAAU